AUGGCUGUCUCUAUUUCCGCUUCUGUAUCUGUAUCUAUACCUCUCCACAUUUCCAAUAUUACCCCUCUAAUCACCCUCUAUUUACUCCUCCACACCACCCUCAUCUCCGCCGUCAACAUCACCCACCUCCUCUCCCCAUUCCCAGAUCUCUCCGACUUCUCCGACCUCCUCACCACCACCACUGUCGCCACCGACCUCUCUGCCAGCACUUCCCUCACCCUCCUCGCCGUCCCCAACCCCAUCCUCCGCUCAUCCGACCUCCUCCGCCGUAACCCACCCUCCUCCUCCAUCUCUGACGUCAUCCGCUACCACAUCCUUUUACAAUACCUCUCCCCCUCUGACCUCCGCCGCUUCCCCGCCUCCUGCAAACUCAUCCCCACCCUCUUCCAAACCACCGGCCACGCCACCAACGAUUUCGGCUACGUCAACAUCACAUUCAACAAUCAAACAAACACCACCGUUGUCAGAUCUCCGGCAGCCUACUCCCAACAACCCACAUGCAUAUUACCAUCUUUGAAAUGUCUGGUCUGA